AAUUGUCGCCUAAUUUUUGUCUCACAUAAAAUUUCCUUAUUUAUAUGAUGAUCAAUUUUUAAGUUGAUUCCUUAGGUAACACCACACAAGAUUAGUUUUCAUCGAAAACUAGAAAUUGGAAAUGGAGAACAAACCACAUUGUUUGGUGUUAUCAUUUCCAGCACAAGGUCACAUUAAUCCUAUGUUACAAUUCUCCAAACUUUUACAACAAGAAGGAAUAAAAAUAACAUUUGUCACAACCCUUUUCUUUGGCAAAAUCUUGCAAAAACUACCACCUUCCAUCACACUCGAAACCAUUUCCGACGGAUUCGACAAUGGUGGGAUUAGGGAAGCAGGGAGUUUUAAGUCAUAUGUGGAUCACUUUUGGCAAGUAGGACCAAAAAAUCUUGAAAACCUUAUUGAGAAACUUAAUAGAACAAAUUACCCUAUUGAUUGUGUUAUUUAUGAUGCUUUCUACCCUUGGGUUCUUGAUGUUGCUAAGAAACAUGGAAUUUUUGGGGUAUCUUUCCUCACUCAAAAUAUGAGUGUUAAUAGUAUAUAUUAUCAUGUUCUUGUGGGAAAAAUAGCAGUUCCUCUUGAUGUUCAAGAGAUUCAACUACCGGUGCUUCCUAAACUACAAUAUAAGGACAUGCCUUCUUUCUUAUUAAACUAUGAAAAAGAUCCAACUUUUCUUGAUCUUGCAGUUGGUCAGUUUUCUAACAUUGAUCAAGCUGAUUGGAUACUUUGCAAUUCCUUCUACGAGCUGGACGAAGAGGUUGCAGAUUGGAUCAUGAAGAUUUGGCCCAACUUUAGAAACAUAGGGCCUUCGAUACCAUCAAUGUUCUUAGACAAGCGAAUUAAAUAUGAUGAAGAGUAUGGUGCAACACAAUUCAAAAGUGAAGAAUAUUGUAUGGAAUGGCUAAAUGAUAAGCCAAAAGGGUCAGUUCUAUAUGUUUCUUUUGGUAGUUUGGCAUCAAUCAAUGAAGAGCAAUUAGAGGUAGUAGCUUGUGCUUUGAAAGAUUGUGAAAAUUACUUCUUAUGGGUAGUUAUACCCACUGAAGAGAACAAACUCCCAAAAGAUUUUGAGAAAAAGUCACAUAAGGGCUUAGUUGUGACAUGGUGCUCCCAAUUGAAAGUUCUAGCACAUGAAUCUAUAGGAUGUUUUGUAACACAUUGUGGUUGGAAUUCCACAUUGGAAGCGAUAAGUUUAGGAGUUCCAAUCGUCGCGGUGCCUCAAUGGUCGGAUCAAGCCACAAAUGCAAAGUUUAUUGUCGAUGUUUGGAAAAUUGGAAUAAGGCCACCAACUGAUGAAUUAAAAAUUGUGAGAAAAGAUGGAAUGAAGAAAUGUAUAUUGGAAAUAAUGGAAAGUGAAAAAGGAAAAAUGAUUAAGAGUAAUAUCAUGCAAUUGAAGGAUUUGGCAAAAGGCGCAGUUGGUGUUGGGGGAAGUUCGUAUGAAAACAUUACUGAAUUUGUGAAUAGUUUGUUCCAUUUUGCAAACAAGCAAACAUUCACAAAUUAAUUAUUGAUCAAGGGAAAGGAACAUUUCUUAUUUGUUGUUGACAUAUGCAUGCAUUGCGGAUUGCACUAGAGCACGGUGCUUUUAUUUUACAACAAUAAUUGUUUUUAAAAUAAAUAAAUUUAUUGUUAUUAUGUUUUUUUUUUAUAAUUAUUGUUAUUAUGUAUUAUUAUUAAUUAAUUAGUGCUAACUGUUAUUCAAUAUA